AUGUCUGAUGCCGGCUCGGACGAGGAGCCGCCAGCGCCGGUGCCUGUCGCGGAGGGAAGCCACAGCAGCGGGAGCAUACGAAAGGGCUGUGAUCCCCUGUCUCUGACGCAGCGCAGUAAGCUGCAGCACCGCAGGGCGCGCAUCAACCAGCAGAUCAACAAGGAGAUGCGCAUGCGAGCGGGGGCCGAGAACCUGUUCAGGGCUACCACUAACCACAAGGUGAAGGAGACAGUGGCUCUGGAGCUGAGCUUCGUCAACUCCAACCUGCAGCUGCUGAAGGAGGAGCUGGAGGAGCUCAACAGCAACAUGGAGGUGUACCAGACAGACAGCGAUGCGCUCAAAGUUCCCAUGAUCCCUUUGGGCCUGAAGGAGACGAAGGAGGUGGACCUCUCGGUUCCUCUGAAGGAUUUUAUCUGUGAGCACUAUGGAGAGGAUGGAUCUCAGUACGAGAAGGAGGUGAACGAGUUCAUGGACCUUCGGCAGGCCAUGCGCACUCCCAGUCGGAACGAGGCGGGUCUGGAGCUGCUGAUGGAGUACUACAAUCAGCUCUACUUCCUGGAUCACCGCUUCUUCCCCCCAAACAAAACUCUGGGGGUACACUUCCACUGGUACGACUCCCUGACGGGUGUGCCCUCCUGCCAGCGCGCCCUGGCCUUUGAGAAGGGCAGUGUUCUCUUCAACAUCGGGGCGCUCUACACCCAGAUCGGGGCGAGGCACGAUCGCGCACAUGUGGAGGGCAUCGACAACGCCAUCGACGCCUUCCAGAAAGCUGCCGGUGCAUUUAACUACCUGAAGGAGAACUUCUCCAACGCCCCCAGCCUGGACAUGAGCGCGGCGUCUCUGGCGAUGCUGGUGAGGCUGAUGAUCGCUCAGGUGCAGGAGUGUGUCUUUGAGAAGGUGCUGCUGCUGCUGCCGGAGGGAGAUUUCACCGGACACCUGCAGGUGGCGCAAGAGGCCGCCAGGGUGUCUGACGUGUACGCGCUGGUGCUGCAGAGCAUGUCGCAGUCUCUGCUGAAGGACUACGUCCCGUUCUCCUGGGCCACCAUGGUGCAAGUGAAGGUGGAGCACUUCCGCGCCCUCUCGCACUACUACGCCGCGGUCGCCCUGUGCAACCACGCCGAGUCCACAGAGCAUGAUGACGGUGCCGGGGAGAGGGCCCUGCUGCAAUUCCAUGUGAGAGAGCCAGAGGGCGUGUGUCUCAGCGACCUGCUAAAGGACCCCGAGGAGAGACGCAAACUAGGUAAAGCUCAUCUGCGGCGUGCGAUAAUCAGGCACGAGGAGGCCAUGCGGAUCCACGGCCUCUGCAAGAUCCUGCGCAAGAUGGACAUCCUGCAGGAGGUGCUGUCUCUCACACACAAACGCUCGCUGCACAUGUACUCCGAGAUCGACCACGAGGACGACUUCUUCGAGACGGCCGAGGCGCCCAACAUCCACUCUAAAACCCAGCAGAAACCUGACAUCAAGACCCCAAAUUUCUGCAGCGUGAGGGUGACGGACAUCUUCCACAGGCUGGGUCCCCUGUCUGUGUUUUCGGCAAAGAACCGCUGGGGGUCGCAGCGUCACGUGCACCUGGUGCGGGGUGAGGGCGGCUUAGGCCUCACGCUGCGGGGCGACUCGCCUGUCCUCAUCGCCGGGGUGGUGCCCGGGGGCUGCGCUGCGGAGGCGGGUCUACGUGAGGGAGAUUACAUCGUGUCUGUGAACGGGACAGACUGUAAAUGGGCGAAGCACGCGGAGGUGGUGCAGACCCUGAAGACCUGCAGUGAGAGAGGGGUGGAGCUCAGCGUCAUCACUCUACUGACCCCUGAGCCGGAGAGGAAGGCAGCUCUGAUGUCGCUCAGUGGGGAUAAAGAAAACUCCCUGCAGCGGAACCUGGGCGGGACCAGGGGGCGGGGCUCCCUCCUCACCUGGAACAAGAAGAAGAGCGGGGGAGGGGGAGGGGCUUCCAAGAGACUUGGCAGCACUUUCAGCCUUCCUUUCGGGAACCUCCGGGACAGCGAGUCCAUGUACUAA